UUUUGAUCAUUUUAUUUGUUAAUUAAAUAAUUUAAAUUAAAUGGGCUUAUUUCCGGAUAAAUCAUCUUUGAAUUAUUCCUUAACUGCUCCGUAAUUUCACAUGCGUUGAAGUAACUACGUGCUUGGCUAAUACUUGGCCAUGCUUGUUUAUCUCCUUGUUAUUAGGAUCAAUAACUUCCCACCUUUUAAAAUAUUUAUUUUCUCCUUUAUAAAUGAAGGUCCUUACGCUACGAUCUACUAUAAGAAAAAUACAGAGGAUGCAAUCCUGCCGUAGGAUUAAUUCACAACUUCAUUUUUGUUACUAAAGUGCAGGCUUUAGUUUUUGUAUAGUGACUCACGUAUAAACAUUUUUACGUAGCAUUAAUAUACGCGCUAAUAUCUCAACACUGCUGGAUUACAUUUUACUCUUCUUAUCCUCGUAGUUUUGUGUCCGGCGACUCGCCGAAGGGCUCGUUAAAUCCUGGGGAAAGAUUUCCGGCCACCGGAAAUACUUUCUUAAGGACAGCGUCUAACGCGUCUCGAGCCAUUGUCGUUCUUGUUGUUUUCGUGUGCAGGAACUUGUUUUCGGAAGAGAGCAGAAGAGGCGAUAACCACGCUUAGACUUGCUGUUGGAAGUUUUCGGAGAGGAAGAAAGAAGAAGCGGUUUGUCGGAAGACGUCGACCGGUGUAGGUGGCGAGAAUAAUUCCCCAACAAUCUUAAGAAAGUAUUUGUCAGAAAAACCUGUCCUGGUCAUCACCCUCCGGAAAACUCCCGUUGGUGUCUCUCUGAAAGUAUCGGACAAGGAUCACUGCUGCGAUCUAUGUCAACUGCCCUGCUGUGAUUCCGAUUAAAUGAGCCGCUGAAAUCUUUGUUCACAAAGAGGCUACCAAACUUGGUAUUUCUAUUACUCCGUAAUUAAUUUAGUCUUGCCAAUUUUAUACCUUCGUGAAUCUUCCAGCUGCAUUAUUUUAUCUCAAUUUGUGAUUAUUUUAUGUGUCACCCUUUUUACAAUAAGACUUAUUUUAAUCCCACUUAUUUUAAUAAAUGUCAUUUUAUGUGAUAAAAAGACAACUGUGGAAAACAACAACCCACUUAAAUCAAAAUUAAAAUUGAUUAAAAGUGAUGAUAUUUUUAUUGCGGUUGUUUAUCAAAGUUGUAAAAUAAAUGAUGUCAAUGAAUGGAUGGUAGACUCUGGGGCUACAAAGAACAUUUGUCAACACAAAAGUGCUUUUACCUCCUAUAGUACUACUACUAGAGAUGAUGUAGAGCUAGUGUACCUAGCGGACUCAAAAACAACUAAGGUGUAUGAUAAAGGGAAAGUUCUUCCUAAACUCAUACCGGGAAAAACUUUAUCACUAAAUGACAUGCUUUAUGUGCUUGAGAUUCGGACUAAAUUAGUUUCCAUUUUUCUCUUGCUAAAAGCUGGGAUUAAAGUAUCUUUUGAUUGUGACAAAUUUGUUAUGACCAAAAAUGAUGUUUUUGUGAGUAAAAGUUAUUGUAAGAAUAAUAAUGUGCUUACUAAUUUUAAAUUAUUGCAUGAUAAUUAAUGCUUCCACUUGUUUAUAUGAUUUAUUCGUACGAGUAUGAUAUAUGAUGAGUAUAUGACAUUCGUUGGAAUGUUUUAUUUACUUUGGAUUAGUAGUUCAAUAAUAUUGUUCGGUAUAUCUGUGAAUGGGUUUAGCUUCCUGUGAUUAUUAAAAUUUAAAAUUGCAUUAAAGCUAGUUUUGUAUACAUGCUGACUGUGAGUUUCACUACGUUAGUAUUUGCUUGAUUAGUUUUCGUAGAGGAGACUUUUGGUCAUACUUUUAACUCCUAAAGUAUGAAUUUUGCUCGCAUGCAUUUUAGUAUGUAAUGUAAAUCAAGUCAUGAGCAUAUAUUGUUGAGAAUUCUUGUGCAUGCACUUAGUCUGGAUUAUAUUGUACUCCGCAUAUAUGAAGACUUCUUCACAUGCUUGGUUUUCUGGAUGUGACGCGAAGGUUUUAGUUUUGAUGGCUUAGCUUUAUCUUGUAAUCUUUUAACUCCAUUUACGUAUUUUUGUAUAGAAUAGCCGUACUGAAGCUUUGGUAAAGUGUUAAUUUAUGUUUGAAUAUAUGUGGAUAAUGUAAAUACCUAAAGCUGGUCUAUAUUUACAUAUGCAUGCUAUCCAAACAUGCAUAAGACAUGCAUAUUUACUAUGACUUCGAUCAUUUACAUGAUGCAUGAAAUGAAUGCUUUGUUAGCAGUGUGUUUCAUGAAAAAUCAUGACUUAAAUGUGGAUUAUUAUUUUCUUUAGUACCCUACGGUUUUUAGUAAGUCUGUGUGCUGCUUUUAAUUGUUCAAAAUGUGGGGGCUGAUAUGCAGUGAUGCAAUUUCGGAAAAUUUGAAUCUAAACUAAUUAUAUUAUGCAUGCUAUUACUCGUUGGUAGCUAGCUGUGUGUUACCUAACUAUAUGGGGCUAAAUAAAAGGCAAGAAUUUUUGUCUUAUAUUGUUGAUUUUAUAGAAAUUUAUUUUGAUUCUAAAGUGUGAAUUUGUGAUUAAAAAUCCACAAACUAUGUUAAACCUGACAUAAAAUGUCAGAUAGAUGAUUGAGCCAAUAUAUUAAAUCCAAAUGGGAUAGUUCAGAUACCAUUAAUUAUGGCAUACAUUUGAUUGAGAUUAUCCGUUGUAAUAAAUUGAUUCAACGAUGACAUGUUUUAUUAAGAAAUAGUCAUUGUACUAAAGCGGUACUAUACAAUGAUGUUAUACGAGAGUUAUCCAUUGUAUUAUAAUGAUACAAUGACGUUAUAUAGUUUAUUGUGAGUUAUCCGUUGUAUUAAUUAUCGGGAUACAACGAUGCCAUCUGGGUUGAAUAUCACACAAGUGAUGUUGAGUUUGUUAAAAAUAACAAACUGUGUGAAACCCGACUUAAUGUUGGAAGAUUGAGCAAAAUUGUGGAAACACAAAAAAUGUAUUUGGUGAGCUAAACCAUUGUAUUAAAGACAUACAAUGAUGAUAUGAUUUUAAGUGAUAUUGUUGUAUAGACGUAUACAAUAAUACCAUAUAACUUAAAUAUAAAGUUAUUAUUAACUAUGACAAGAGGAGUUAAUUAUCUCCUUUGGCACGCGAAAAUCCGGAUAUUAUCAUUUUUAUACAUCGAGGGAAAUGGACUGUCACUUGUUAACAAAUAGGGAUGGUAACCCAACCUGUGUGAUUGGAGAUCCCAUGAAGCAGGUUCAUAUGGGUAAUAACAAGUCUUCUAUUUGUUCCUGCUAGCCUAUUAUGUCCAUUUCUAGGGUGAGGCUAGACUGCAUUCGCUGUGAGGCUGAGCUAAAACUCUUAAUGAUUUUCAUAGUCUUAUGGCUGGUGUGUUAAGUGCAGAACACACUUGAUGAGGUCACCUAUAUGAGUGUGAGGUGGGGCCGCCUCCAUGAAGCAUGACAAAGCUUCUAGAGCACUCACGAACACCAGGCACGCGCACGGCCGAAAUGCGCACAACGGCGUUAACGCGAGGAAUUGUGGGGGGUGAGACAUGACCAUUAAGACCCUGAUUUACCAUAGUAGCUUCUUGGUUCAUAGAAACUAUACGUUUCACCAAAAGCUCGGUUUAUAAAGACUUAAUCGUCUCGGUUUGGUUCAUAGUCUUCGGGCACCAGACUUAAAGUCUCAUUCCCGUUAAUCCAGCAGAUUUUUCAAAUUGUGUUUUUACCUCAAAUGUUUAUUUGAAAUAUGUGGGGGAUUGUUGGAAAUUUUAAAUGUAUUUCAAAUAAACCAAAACUUUGGGAAAAUAAUUUUGAUCAUUUUAUUUGUUAAUUAAAUAAUUUAAAUUAAAUGGGCUUAUUUCCGGAUAAAUCAUCUUUGAAUUAUUCCUUAACUGCUCCGUAAUUUCACAUGCGUUGAAGUAACUACGUGCUUGGCUAAUACUUGGCCAUGCUUGUUUAUCUCCUUGUUAUUAGGAUCAAUAACUUCCCACCUUUUAAAAUAUUUAUUUUCUCCUUUAUAAAUGAAGGUCCUUACGCUACGAUCUACUAUAAGAAAAAUACAGAGGAUGCAAUCCUGCCGUAGGAUUAAUUCACAACUUCAUUUUUGUUACUAAAGUGCAGGCUUUAGUUUUUGUAUAGUGACUCACGUAUAAACAUUUUUACGUAGCAUUAAUAUACGCGCUAAUAUCUCAACACUGCUGGAUUACAUUUUACUCUUCUUAUCCUCGUAGUUUUGUGUCCGGCGACUCGCCGAAGGGCUCGUUAAAUCCUGGGGAAAGAUUUCCGGCCACCGGAAAUACUUUCUUAAGGACAGCGUCUAACGCGUCUCGAGCCAUUGUCGUUCUUGUUGUUUUCGUGUGCAGGAACUUGUUUUCGGAAGAGAGCAGAAGAGGCGAUAACCACGCUUAGACUUGCUGUUGGAAGUUUUCGGAGAGGAAGAAAGAAGAAGCGGUUUGUCGGAAGACGUCGACCGGUGUAGGUGGCGAGAAUAAUUCCCCAACAAAGUACUCAUCAGCUCAUCUCAUACCAAUAUACUACGUGUAAAAUACUACUCCGUAUAUCAAUAUAUAAGAUCAUUGAUAUUCUUAUUAAGCUAAACUUUAGGAAGGGAAUCUCAAGUAUUUUACUACGCAGAUUUAUUGAGAUAUGACUAGAACAUAUAUAGUCAGGUUCCCUAAAUAUGACUAAAUAUAAACAAUGAGACAUUGAGA